CUUCCGGUUUUGAGUUGUGCAAGUUGAAAACAUGGCAGUAGUAGAUCAGUUCACUAUUUACAUUGUAACUGCCGGUAUUGUGACACUGAUUCUGGUGGUGGUCACCCUCAUCAACAAAUUCCGCUCCUCAACAAAGAAACCUGAUGAAAGAGAUGAAGCUCGGCAGGUCAACCGACCUCGUGCUGCUGAAGCUCCCCCUGGUGCCAGGAGACGAGGACCACGCCGAAGGAUGAGACUUAAUAGAGAUGAUUCAGAUGAGGAGAUGUUCGAAGGGGAUGAUGAUGACAUCGCAGACACUUUGAAUCAGGGUGACGGGAAGAUUGGUGCCAAGAAACUCAAGAAACUACAGGAGAAAGCUGAGAAAAGGGCGGCACGAGAGCAAGAACUGGAGGAUAGAGCUGAGAGGAAGAAGAGAGAAGCUCUGCUGGAUGAACAGAGGAAGAAGGAUGACGAGAGGGAGAAGCUGGAGGAAGCUGCAAGGGAGGAAGAGGAGAAGAAGAUCCGUGAGGAGAAGGAGCGACAAGAACACGAAGAGUAUCUCAAGAUGAAGGAGAUGUUCUCCGUGGAUGAAGAAGGACAGGACGAUGCUGUACUGGAUCUCAAUUCGGAAUCUCUACUGCAAGAAUUCAUCAACUAUAUCAAGGAUAUGAAGGUGGUGAUACUGGAAGACCUGGCAGCCCACUUUAAACUAAAAACACAGGAUGUGAUACAGCGAGUCCAGGACCUCCAGGCCGAGGGUCAGUUGACCGGCGUAGUGGACGACCGGGGCAAGUUCAUCUACAUCACCAUGGACGAGUUGGAGGAUGUAGCCAAGUACAUCCGACAACACGGUCGUGUCUCCAUCUCCGACCUGGCCGAGUCCAGUAACCGUCUCAUCAACCUUAACCCCGAGAAUACCGAAACACAUAAAAAACUGGUGUCCGAGGUGUCGGGAUGAUGUGUGACACCCAGUGUGAGCAAGUGGAGUGAUUGGAAUGAUGUGGAGGAUGUUGUGGAAGAUGACGUAGUGAAUGA